CGUGUGGCAGUCACCACUGCAGCUGCUCUGCACUGAUCAGGUCUUCCUCUUUCCACCCAUAUGAUGCUGAAUUGGCUUCCUGAAAAUCAAAACCACAAGCCAGAAAAAUAAAAAGAGGCAGAGAACUUUCUCUGCAAAAACCAUUCACAAGAAAAAGAAAAAGGUUUAGACAGCGCAGGAAGACUACCCGGACCCUCCAUCCCCAACCCACGAUGAAAUUCUUUUCCAGCCUGUGCCAGUGAGAGUAAUGGAUGUGCUUCGGGUGUUCCUGUUGGCUCUCUCCGUGACGGCACCCAGACCAGGCCUGCUGGAGUUGGUGGUGCCUUCUGCCUUCCCUGAGAACAUCACACAUGGCAGUGAUGGGAACAUGCAUGCAGAACCAGAACUUUCAAGGGAGGAACCCUUCCGCCUGGUGAAUAAUAACAGCACCUGCGAGGGCACCGUGGAGGUCCAUUACCAUGGGAUGUGGGUGCCAGCGUGUGGGGAUUCGUGGAGCAUGAAGGCUUCUCAUGCAGUCUGCAGACAGUUGAACUGUGGUGUGGCGAAGUGGGAGUCAGCACCUGCAGAGAAAGAACCCCUGUACACUUUUCAGAGCUGCCCAGCCAUAAACAUCAGCUGCGGGGAGCUGGGAAGCCAGGAGGAGCACUGCCUCGUGCAGCUCUCAGUCUCGAGGACAUGCUGCAGUGGAAAGCUGGCCCAUAUCACCUGCACAGGGCACCGAGCCGUGCGCCUGGCUGACGGGGGCAGCCGUUGUGAAGGCCGCGUGGAAGUGUCAGAGGCUGAUGUCUGGGGCACCGUGUGUGAUGAUGCCUGGGAUAUGGUUGAUGCUGAUGUUGUGUGCAAGCAGCUGAACUGUGGCUGGUCCAUCCGGGCUCCAGGGAACUCCUCUUUCCAGAAGGGGACAGGCCCCAUCCACCUGGAUGAGGUCCACUGCGUUGGGAAUGAGUCCUCCUUGUGGGACUGCCUCGCUGAGAGAAGUCACGACUGUGGCCACAAGGAAGAUGCAGGCGUGGUGUGCUCAGAGCAUCAGCAGUGGCGCCUGUCGGGGGGCAAGGACCAUUGCGCUGGCCGGGUAGAAGUCUACUACAAAGGCAGCUGGAACACAGUAUGCGAUGGGACCUGGUACCUGGAGGAGCAGUCUGUGCUGUGCCAGUCGCUGGGGUGUGGCUCCCCAACCAAACAGCUGCACUUCAACCACGCACUGCAGGGCAAGAUGAACUACCAGUGCUUGGGGCACGAGGCCUCUCUGGCCCAAUGCAUCUGGCACUACAACAAAAUGACUGUGUGCCACCAGUCCCGAGCUGCCGGCGUGAUCUGCAAUGGCUCCAUGGGCUUGCCGGACGCAUUUCAGCCAGAAACAAUGAUACCAGGUGGCCCCCGGCUCCCAGGAACCACAACAGGAUAUCUGAACUUGGAAGCCAAGUUGCCUUCUCACUGGACCCUCCUCAUCAUCAUUAUCAUCCUGGGGAUAAUCCUCCUCAUCACCAUGCUGGCUUUCACUGCUGCCCUCCUGAGGAUGAGGAAGAAACACGCUCAUGCCGUGACCUCUUCCCUGGGAGGGGGCCCAGUCCUAAUGAACCACAGCACUCAGAGCCAGGACAUGCCUGCUGGGGCUUCCAAUGACUAUAGGAAAAUCCCCACCAAUGUCUCCAGAGUACAAGAGAUGCCAGCCGUGCCCAUCCCCAACGCUGAGGACUCCGAUUCUGAUUACGAACACUAUGAUUUCAGCAGCAAGCCGCCCAUGGCACUCUCCACCUUCUACAACUCCCUCAGGCGCCACCCAGAUGAGAUUCAGCCUGGGAGCAGCUUCCUUGCAGCACCCAACUAUGAGGAGCUGAACCAGAACCUGCAGCCACAGGACUGGCCACCAGAGCCCCCCGCUGUGCUUGCUCCAACCUGGCAGACAGAAGGCAUCUCAUCUGGCUUAUCCGCGGAGGCCAAUUACUGUAACAGUGGCAACACCACCCAGCUGCCCUGGAGCACCCCAACCCUGCCAGCUGCUGGGAGCCACCUCCUGCUAGCCCUGCCUGCCCAAGGCACCAGUGGAUCCCAGAUCUCCUUCCAAGCAGGAACUGACAAUGCCGACAGCUCCAGCACAUCAUCCGGAGAAUGGUAUGAAAACAUCCAAGGGAAGGAGCAUGAGGGAGCCCAGAUUGGACAUGCACCCUCCUUCCCUGCAUGGACAGCCCACUCCACACCGUCAGGCAACCAUAUACCUGGGGGUGACUCUUCCUCAACUGACAGUGAUUACGAUGACAUCCAGACCACCGCGUACUAAGGAACCUGAGGUCAGCGUGGCUGAGUCACUUUACAAACCCCACCCCCCCGCACCUCUUCAUUCAGUCAUGGAGAGCAGGCUGACAGCUCACCUCCUGGUGACACAUGAGCCCCCAUUGACUGAGGGGCUCUGAGGUCAUGGAUUCAUUGGUCUGGCAGGGAACCUCAAGUCCAACCCUGCACAGAGAUGCAGAGCUAAUGGCACCUACCACUUCCAUCGCACCCUGACUUCGCAACGGCAUUUAUGUGAAGCGACUUGCUUGAGUUCUCCCAGGAAGCAACUGGCAGAGCUAAGACUAUACACCAGUCUUCUGAAUCCCACCCGUGUUUGUUCCACUGCUCCAUGGACAUUUGGAUCUUGCAAUACUCCCUUCCCCCCAGAGGAGUGGUUGAGUAACAAGUGAGAGCUGGGUUGAGGCCUGUUGGCAAUGGCAGGCAAUGUACUGCUACUGCCAUUACUGAACCCAGCACCAAAGCUCUCCACACAAAGGCCUUUCCCUGGAAAAAGAGUGUUGAGUCCAGGCCCCAGCAGAGGCAGCAUCCUCUCAGACGGAUCAGGCUUUUAGCACCGGCGUGCCGGGGACAUGGCUUCUUUCCCAUACAAAGAAAAGGUGAAAAUGGGUGGGGAUGGAGAAAUCACUUUCAUCAACAUUUUUCUUUGGGGAGGGGAAUUGGAACCUAGGUCUUUUUCAACCCAGAACAUUUCAACCCAACCAGAUGCUCUGAGGUUGGGAACGCUGGUCAAAAUCCCCCUUUUUCAUGCUAAAAAGAAAUGUGAUGGGAGAGCCCUGCUCUGUGAACAUCCACAGUAACGACUGUGACCCACCGGGCUAAUCUUUCCUCACUGCCAAGCCUGCCUGUCCCUGUGCAUUCUGGAGUGCUCUAGGAACAGAGUCCUGCCUCUGGGCAGGGCUCAGACUUUAAGGUCCCUUCCAGCCCUGUGAUUCUUUGAUUCAUACCACAUGCCCUGUGGGUGCCUGCCAAUCCUCAUGGUGACCCUACCUGGUAGGUGGGAAUUAUACAGGAGGAAACCCAGGCACAGGUAGAUAAAGUCACUUGUCAAAGGCCACACAGCAAAUCCUUGCAGCCACCCACCAAGCUCCCAGCCCCUACCCCACACUCAUUCCUCCUGACCCCUCUAGCUGUGCCUGAGAUUCUGCUCCUAGACCUGGCUCAGGGGUAUUUAUUUAGUCGUCAGAUGCCUGCACUCUGGUGGUGGGGUCCUGAACCAGAACCUCGGCAUCUAGCGCAUGACCUCGAGGGGCCAGAUUGGAGUGGGUGGCAAUAAUGAAUGUAUCUUCCAGGACCUGAGAGUACAUAUGCCCUGGCAGAAGCAGAGAGGUGUUGGGUUGGAAUGUAUUCCCACUCUCAGCGGCUCGGGCAGCUGCACUUUGUACCAAGCUAAGCAUGU